UCUCUGGCGGCCGGGCCGGGCGCGCUGAGGAGGGAGUGCGGCGCGCGCGGGAGGGCGAGUCGUGGAGUCCUCCUCCCUCAGGCCGCGGAGCGGAGGCCCGAAACCGAGCGAGGGUGGGGUGGGGCGCGGGGCCCGGGCAUGGCAGCCCCGGAGGCGGCGCCCGCUCUGGCUGAGAGCGCGGAACAGGCGCCCUGGGCUCAGCUCGAGGCCCCCGCCCGCCUCCUGCUGUGGGCGCUGCAGGCGGGGCCGGACGGGGCGCGGCGCGGCCUGGGGGUGCUGCGCACGCUGGGCCGCCGCGGCGGGGAGCCCUUCGCCUGGGGCCGCGUCCUGGAGGCGCUGUGCCGGGAGGAGCCGGUCGCGGAGGGCCCGGACCCGCGGCUGCUGCUGAAACCACUGCUGCUGCGAUUGCCUCGCUUAUGCCAGCGGAACCUGAUGUCCCUGCUGAUGGCUGUUAGGCCCUCCCUGCCUGAGAACAGGCUGCUCCCUCUGCUGCAGAUCGCAAGGCAGGACCCAAGCCCUGACCCUGAUGCCUGGCUCCAGGCCCUGGGGGAACUGCUGCGAAGGGAUCUGGAUGGUGGGGUCUCCACUGAGGGAGCAUCCCCACUGUCUAGAAGGUGCCAGAGUCGGCUCCGAGACCUGUGUAGGCAGCUGAGUCCAGGGGGCAGGAGGUUGAAGUUGACCCAGUCUCCAGAGCCUGAAGAGGAAAAGGAGGAGCAAGAGGAGGACAAGUACUCCCAGCGGCCUGGGAAACGAAAGGAGCCCGAGGGAGAGCCUGCCAGUCCCGAGGGGGAGAGGGCCCCCAAAAGGUUCCGGUGUUUGGAAAGGGUCGAGGAGGAAAGUCGUGAGGAGGAGCAAACUGAACAUGAAUCUUUGGGAACCCUGGCAGAUGGAGGAGACACAUCACCCAUUAAGGACCAGCCUGUCGUGGGGGCUGAGUGUGUUGAGGCUGCUCAGAGUCCGGAGGAUACUAAGGCAUCCGCUGAGAGUUUGGAGCUGCCCAAAGCUAUCCAGGACCAGGUUCCCAGGCUGCAGCAGCUGCUCAAGACCUUCGGGGAGGGGUUGGAGGGGUUGGAGGAGGCUCCCACAGUUGAGCUGCAGCUUCUCCAUGAAUGCAGUCCCAGCCAGGUUGGCCUGCUCUGUGACCAGCUGCAGCUGCCCCAGCUCUCGGACACAGGCCUCCUGCGGCUCUGUACCCGGCUGCUGUCCCUCUCACCAGAUCUCAGCCUCAGCAACGCCACUGUGCUGGCCAGGAGCCUCUUUCUUGGACGGAUUCUCUCCCUGACUUCCUCGGCCUCCCGCCUGCUCACAACUUCCCUGACCUCCUUCUGUGCCAAGUAUACCCACCCUGUCUGCAGAGCCCUCCUUGGCCCUGUGCUCCGGGCCCCAGAAACAGGUCCGGCUCAAACAGAGCUACUGUGUUGCCUUAUGAAGGACGAGGCCCUGGAGCCAGACAGGCAGGUGCUAAUACUGGGACAGAUCUUGGAGGUGCCCUGGAAGGAGCAGACUUUCCUGGUGCUGCAGUCACUCCUGGAGCGGCAGGUGGAGAUGGCCCCCGAGAAGUUCAGUGUGUUGAUGGACAGGCUCUGCAAGGAGGGGCCGGCAGCCACUGCGUCCAUGGCCUACGCCAAGCUCAUGCUGACAGUGAUGACCAAGUAUCAGGCCAGUAUCACUGAGACCCAGAGACUGAGCCUGGCCACCCCCCUGUCGCUCAACACCACUUUCCUGAGGAAGUCCCUGCAGGCCGCCCUGAGACGUCUGGCCCCCUGACCUUCACCCGGGGACACCAGCUUCCUGAAGGACACUGCCCUCACCCUCACCCUUGCCUGGGGUGAAGGCCGAGCCUGGCCAUUCAGGCAUCAACUGCCUCCCUGUUCCAGGCUCAGAGAGGCCAUCUUGACCUCCCAGCCAGCAGGGAGGGUACAGGCUAAGGGGGCUGGAUGAGCUGGUUUCCAAGGACUGCUGACCCUGGCUCACUCCCUGUCACUUCUGCCUCAGGCUUCGGCAGCCAUCUUUCCUAUAAGCCCCGUAGUGUCACAGCAGACCCAGAAGAGCGAAUGAUGCUCGGGGGACCCCUGUGCUUAGCACUCAGCACAGAUCUCGUGUGCCGCAGUGUGUUAUGACCCCCUGAAUUGUUCUGACUUGAAUAAUAAUUUAUCAAUGGUAUUUAAUAAAAAUCAGGAAAUUCAAUAAUG